AGUUCUCCGGGACAAAUAUUAAAAGUGCUUAAUGAUUGUGGCAUAUCGCAUAUAUCUUUUAGAAACAAAUUUCGCACUGCGCCUCUAGAAAUACUCAAAGAUGAUGGCAUAAUCAUGUAUUUGGUAAUGGUACUACGAGACAUAUCUCAAACCGUUCAGUUAACUUUUCUACGCAGAAGAUCAGCCUCCAAAUAUUUAACCUUCAUAUUCCUUAUGAUAGAAGAUUCUCAGUCCGUAACGCCGGAAUGGCUGGAAAAUACUUUUGAAAAUUUUUGGAAUAUGCGUCUUUUAAACGUAGCCGUCAUUUGUCAUUAUGGUGGUAAAUUACACAUACAUCGUUAUGAUCCCUUUCUCAAACGACUAUUGCCGGAAACAGAAGCCAAGGAACGAUAUCAUAAUCUCACAGUUAGAGAUAUAUUUCCCCAAAAUAUUUUGAAUAUGAGAGGUAAACCUUUGCGUAUGUGUAUGUAUCAAGAUGGUAUACGUUCGUUUUAUAAUCACCGCGACCAAUUAAUAGGAUCAGAUGGUUUAAUGUCGGGCUAUUUGGCAGAACGUUUAAAUGCUACGCGCAUUAUAAAUUGGGUAAAACCCUAUGGCAAUACCUCGAUUACUAAUGAUAUUUGCUUUAGAGAAAUUGUCGAGGAAAUCGAUGACGUUUCGGUGAAUAUAAGAUUCUUAUCUUUGCAAUCCUUUUACAAGAGGGCGGAAUAUACUAUAGUACAUAGUCGAGAUGAUUUGUGUGUCAUGGUGCCGAAAGCAAAAAUUGCCUCCUCAUUUUGGAAUCUAUUUCGCUCGUUUAAUAUGGGAGUAUGGUUUACAAUUUUAUCCACCAUAAUAUUUGCCUGUGGAUUUUGUCUUAUAAGCUAUAGAAGAAUAUGUUUCAAUAGUAAAUUUAUUUUACAAUUGUAUGCCUGCAUAAUAGCCAUGCCUUUUCUAAAGCUACAUCGGCCCACCUCUUUACGUAUUUUUCUGUGCGUUUGGCUGGUAUAUGGCAUGUUAAUAUCGGCUGCUUUUAAAGGUAAUCUCACGGGUAAUUUGGUGGAUCGCCAGUAUUUGCCGGAUGUUAAUACUAUGAAGGAUUUAGUCGAGAGUCCUUAUCAUAUGGCCGUUUUGCCACGUCAUCUAAAACACAUACACCGCUACAUAGAUAUUAAGAAUAUGUAUGGAGCCAUGUUGAAAGACAAAUUAACCGAAAUACCCGAUUUACAAUUCAAGUAUUUGAUAGAAAUGAAUAACUUGUCCUAUGCCUAUUUGCAAAAAUAUCAUGUUUCAGUAUUUCAUGUCAAUUCGAGAAAACAUUCCAAUAGGGGUCAACCUCUUUUUCAUGUUAUGGAACAGUGUAUUGUUCCAUUUCAUGCGGUUUAUAUUGUGCCUUAUGGUUCACCGUAUUUGGGUUUUAUUAACACGUUAAUACGUAAUGCUCAGGAAUUUGGUUUCAUUAACUAUUGGGAUCGUUUAAUGAAUGCGGCGUUUCGCAGCUCUAGGAGAAGUAUUUCCCGUAAAAGACGUUCUGAAGAUGAUGAACCAGUAGUCCUUAAGUUGAGACAUUAUCAGGCAGUAUUUUGUUUCUUAUUUUUUGGGUUGGCUGUGUCGUCGAUAUGUUUUCUCUUUGAGUUGUUGUUGACGUCAGAGUUUAGGCAAAAGUGCAAAAGUUUUUAUGAGUUUUUAAAUCUUGAUGUUUAACUUUAGGAACAGAAUGUUUUAAGUUUUAGUGAAUGAUUUCCCGUGCUUAAAAUCUCUAAAAAUGCCUCUAAAAAUAAAGAAUUCUUGGU